GCUCGCAUUUUUAAUGCCUGGUUAUAAGCGGACGAAAAUCACUUCACUCGCUCGCUGGUACUCGCUUCACAACAAGAAGGAUGGAUCUACAAAUCUCAAAAGACCUCAUUUAAAUGCUUUGAAGACAAGAUUUGCCGUCGAAGAAUCUAUGAUUGCAAUAGAGAAAGAAAUCGAUCAAGUUCUUCGCCAAACUGCAUGCACUUCCUACAGUCCUGCUUUUGUCGAUCAGCUAAACAGGAAACUUUCCAAGUUGCAGCGUGAGCAUACGGCCCGUAAACAGAAGCUGCAUACGUUUGCUCAAUCCAAUACUGAUGCUAAACUGGCUUCUUCUGAUUUGCAUGAAGCACACUCCAUGGAUAACUUAUCACAAACUAUCUCUUCGUUGAAUCAUCCCCUAGCCUUGACGAGAUUGCCUUUACUGCAGGGCAUGUGCAUCCCGGAUUCGCCCCCUCCCCAAGGCCUUGUUUCUUACGAUACCUCUGGAGAUGAAUCUUAAAAGCUUUUUUCUACUUAUCUUUAUAUUUAUCUUAUUUAUUAGAAUUUAUGCCUCGUUGGAUAAAUAAAUAAAUGCGGUACUUAUGAAAAGCGC